CCCGCAUACGACGGCUUUCUCGACGGAAAAGCGCCCAACUCCGCAGUCGUGACGUCACCCCGACGGACAACCGCCGAGUCCACCCGCAUACGACGGCUCCUCGGGCGGCGUCGGUUAUGUUCGGCGGCUUGGCCUUCGGAACCCCUUGCGGAGUUUUAAGCCACGAAAAUUAACAAGAAGAACGUAGGCGACGGAGAACUAAGGUUUUAGGUGUAGAAUGUAGCACAAUACUUCACACACAUAGCUUGGCAACAAAAGCACGAAACUUGAUCCCGUGUAUCGGUUGCAUUUCCGCUUCCGUUCUCUUGUUCACUGCCGCUAUCACCGCGAUGGAUGAACACCGAAAGUUGCUGCUUCUGAAAAAGAAAGUGCUUCUUCUUAAGAAGAAGGAGCUUUUGCGCAAGAAGAGCUGGUGGGUUCGACCUGUUUGGGAAGAUAGGAAGACUGAAAGUGAAUUCCACACAGCAAUGCGAAAACUGAGAGACAGCGGGGACAACAGCUACUUUCAUAAGUACUUUCGCAUGGGUCCCGAAGUUUUCGACAUGCUGCACAAGUUGGUCGAAGAUGAUCUGCGAAAGGCCCACCUCUGCAGAGAACCGAUUUCGUCAGCUGAGCGACUUGCAUUUACACUGAGGUACCUGUCAUCCGGCUUAGAUGUUAAGGAUGUGGCAAUGGCCUUCAGAGUGGGACUUGAAACUGCACGCGAGGCUAUUCACCUAACUUGCAAUGUUCUCUGGGAAAGACUGAGGGACCUGUACAUGAAGGUAUAGGUUGGCAGCUAGUCAUAAUCACGUGCACAUGCACACAGAAUAUGCAAUUAUAACUUGUGUAUUUUGCUCAACAGCCACCAGGUCCUGCAGAAUGGGCAGACAUUGCGAGAGGCUUUGAUGAACGGUGGCAGUUUCCAAACUGUCUAGGGGCAGUUGACGGCAAACACGUCAAAAUUGUUGCGCCGAAAAA